UCCAUAGCUUAGCUAUCAACAUGGUGUCUUCUGGUUUUCAUCCAUAACCAGACCAGAAUUGCCUGCUGGUAUGGUUUUUUUUUCUGCAUUAUUUAUAUUAGCUUGAUAUGUUUUGUUCUAUAGGAGAUUUUUUGUUUUCUUGAUAAUUAUUGUUAUAUAGGUUAUGAUGCAUGAAAAAGAAGCAUAUACAAACACAGCCUCAUUCAGUCUGCAGAUUGAUCCUUAAAGAUGACCUUUUUUCCCCCUCUAGCCAAGAAUUGGUGACGGUGUGUCAAAAAUUUAUGCUCAAGUUGGACAGUUCUUACACUUCCAUCUAUGCAUUGGGGGUGUCCUCCAAUGCAUGGUUGUCUAUCUGCUAGAACAAUUAAGUUGCAUGACUCGAGACGAACAGUGUUUUCUCUUUUUCUUUUUUCUUUUUUUCCUUUUUUUUCUCUAUAAAUUUGGUCUGAAAUUAUUAUUAUUAUUAUUUAUAUGGAAGUCGAGUUAAUGGUUUUUGAAAAUGCACGUGAUCAAACAACUUGACAUUCCCUUUUCUUUAUCAGUCUAUAUCCAGAGGGAUCCACAAAAUGUUUGCAAUAAAUUUCACCAAACAAAACGUCAUAAAUUGGAUUUAAUUCUUUCAUGAAAAAUUGAAUGCCUUUUAGGUAAUUUGCCUUGGCUUGCCUCCCCUUGCUAUCAAGUUCCUUACAUAACACAUAUAUAAAAGCCAGAGUUGAACAAGUCUAUCAAACCCACAUUUUUGUAAAGAAAUGAGUUUCUAUUAUAGGAUCUCUCAGAAAAACCAGUUCUAAACAUUAACAUCCCUUAGAUUUCCCAAAAACAAUCUCUUUUUUUCUUUUUUGUUCUUGUUUUUUAAAAAAAUAUAUUUUUUUUCACUCUUCUCUCUCCUAGGCAUCAAUUUCCACAUCUUGACAAAGGAAGUUCACAUGUCUUUGUUUGUUUUGUAAGAGAUAAGUAUCCUCUACUGCAUUUUUUUUUUUUUUUUUGGCUUACAGUUGUUUUCUCCACUAGCUACUAUACUGCCUUUUGUUAUCCACAUAGAAAGCUAAAAGCUAAUCUUCAAACUAUAGAGCUCUGUGAUUAUAAUGCUCUGAAACCUGUUUACAGAAGAAGAAGUAUAAGAAGAAACUACUACAUUUCAAAGAGAAGGCCUGGGUGGAAGUUAGUUUUCCACUUCUUUCUGAAACUUCUCCAUGAAUUCACUCAUUCUCUUUACUAUUUUGUGUUUGGUUUUCAAGUCAGUAGUUUUAGAGGUUUUGGCAGCAAAAAGAAUCAGCUCUCAGAUCAUUGUGAUGGGUUUUGUUUAUUGUGAUAUUUGCUCCAACAACACCUUCACUAAGCACAGCUACUUUUUACCAGAUGCUGAAGUGAAAAUAGACUGUAAGUUCAAAGCAGUCUCACCAAGAACCACAGAACAGAUAUCAUUGUCAGUGAAUAGAACUACAAACAAAUUUGGAGUUUACAAGUUGGAAAUACCAUCUAUUGAGGGAAUUAAAUGUGCAGAAGAUUCAGCAAUAGUCUCUUCGUGCCAGGCAAGCUUAAUUAGGAGUUCAUCUUCUUCUUGCAAUAUUCCUGGUUACAAAGCCACAUCAGAUGAAAUAGCUAUCAAAUCAAAAAGAGCCAAUCUCUGCUUUUACAGCUUAACCGCUUUGAAUUUCAGACCAUCAACGAAAAAAAGUAGUUUCUGUGGAAAAUAAAAAAGCUAAAACUUCUUAGCUACCAUACUGCCCCAUUUUCUUCUUCCUGUCAAGUACCAUGUUUUUCCACUUCAGUUUCUUUUCCUCUACUCUUCAAGUACCUCCCAACAUUCACAAUCCCAUUUCUUUUCUUUCCAUUAGCUUAUCCAGACAUAAUCCAAGAAACCCAAUAUCUUGGAUACCCUAUUCCUUCUAGCCCAUAAAUGGGAUUAUUGUGAUAUCUUCUUUGCUGUACUAAGUCUGUGGUUUUUGAGCUAUACUAAUAUUGUUCCAAAAUAUUUAAACAAAUAUGUACAGUUUGUGUACAAGAGGAUAUAAUUGAUUUACCACUCUACUCAGAUUACUUCCUU